GUUACACCCUUUUUUAAAUUUUAUUCAUAUUAUGAAUCAAACACGUUAUUUCAGGAAAGAUAUUCAGGAAAGGAUGAUAAAUUUUUACCCGCCUAUUACUUGAUUACUCGGAAUGAUUACAGUAGCUCAACAGCAGAUGCUUAUUUCAGCGAAUGACAAGAAAUUCAACUGCUAGAUUUUGGAACCCUUGGGUUCAUCCUUACGUAUGAUGUACACCGAUAAUGCUCAAUACAAUUCAAAUGCACUUUAAUGAUUCUACGAAAUUCGACUUCAAGCGGCUUGUAGAUUAACAUUAUUUACUUUUGCAUAAUAAACUUAUUUUAUGAACCAAUAAUUUUCGAAAUGUUAUUCUCAUCAUUCAUUAAUUCACCGUUAAAAUGUUUAUUCACGAUAUUAUUUUUAAUUGGUGCUACUUAUGUAUGCUAUUUAUGGAGUGCAAAACUUCAUGAAAUAAAUAAUCCAGUAUUUGUUAUUAAUUAUGCAUCUAUUGAUAAUCCAUUCAAUGAGUUACGAUGUCGCAGAUUAAAAUAUACACAAGUUGGUCACGUGAAAACGCCUAAUAAAGCAUUAUUUUGGCCACAGAUACAAUAUAAAUAUACAUUAUCUCAAUCAAUAGAUUUUAUUUCACCGAAUUCUUAUGCUGUAUCAAGUAAUAGUUUAAGAUAUAUUAUUGAUAAGAAAAAUCACACUAUCAAUUAUACUACACCAAUUAUAUGGUCUCCAUUAGGUUGUUUACCUAGCCUGUCAUCGGCUAUAAUUAUUCCUUAUCGUAAAAGAGAACAACAUUUACGAGUGUUAACAGAUCAUUUACAUGGAUUUUUACGACAUCAAAGAAUACCAUAUACCAUUUUUAUUAUUGAACAGACCGGUGAAACGAAAUUUAAUCGCGGUGCUUUAUUAAAUGCUGGUUUUCUUGAAGUUUCUAAGUUCAAAGAAUAUGACUGUUUCAUUUUACAUGAUGUAGAUAAACUACCAGAAGAUGAUCGAAUUAUUUAUACAUGUGGACCAAAUCCAACACAUUUGUCAGCUUCAUUAAGUACUUUUAACUACAAAUUAAUUUAUCAAAGAUUUUUUGGUGGUGUUGUUACAUUCACUCGUGAUCAAUAUCUUAAAAUUAAUGGUUUUUCAAAUUUAUAUGAAGGAUGGGGUGGUGAAGAUGAUGAUCUUUUAUUACGUGUUGAACAAUCUGGUUAUAAUUUAAGUCGAAUCAAUUUAUUGAUUGGUCGUUAUUAUGCAAUGAGUCAUAAGACAGAUGAAUUAAAUGAACAGAAUCCAGAUCGGUGUGUUGUUAAUAAAUUUUAUUUUUGGGUAUAUAUAUAUAUAAUCGAUUUUUUUGUUGUUGCUGACAGUGUCAUGUUCUCUGAGUCAUAUAGUUAAAAUAGGCAUAAUAUUCUUCAUACAAAAUAAUAAUUGUGUGAUAGUUGAAAUCGUAAGAAAACAUCGAAUUUAAUAAAUUGGAUUUAUCAAGAUCAUGGAUAUUCAUUAGACGCUCUACUAACC